UUUCCCAUUUUUACCGACCAAAAGAAUAGAAGAGAAGAAACUAGAAGAAAGAAGAAAGGGAAGGAGAUGGUGAACCCGCGGUGCUUUUUGGAUAUUAGCAUAGGAGAGGAACUUGAAGGGAGGAUUGUGGUGGAACUUUACAGCGAUGUGGUGCCCAAGACCGCCGAGAAUUUCAGGGCCCUCUGUACUGGAGAGAAGGGCAUUGGUCCCGAAACUGGUGUUCCUCUUCAUUUCAAGGGCAUCCGUUUUCAUCGCAUUAUUAAAGGUUUUAUGAUACAAGGUGGAGAUAUAUCUGCAGGGGAUGGAACUGGUGGGGAAUCUAUAUAUGGUUUGAAGUUUGAAGAUGAGAAUUUUGAAGUGAAGCAUGAGAGAAAAGGAAUGCUAUCGAUGGCUAAUUCUGGUCCAAACACCAAUGGGUCUCAGUUCUUUAUAACUACCACUCGUACUUCCCAUCUUGAUGGGAAACAUGUUGUAUUUGGAAAGGUAAUUAAAGGCAUGGGAGUGGUUCGUUCAAUUGAGCAUGUUACUACUGGUGAUGGUGAUUUACCCACUGUUGAUGUUAUCGUCGCGGAUUGUGGUGAAAUUCCUGAAGGGGAGGAUGAUGGGCUUUGUAAUUUUUUUAAAGAUGGUGAUACUUAUCCUGACUGGCCAGCUGACCUUGAUGAGAAGCAUCAUGAGAUUGCUUGGUGGAUAAAGGCUGUAGAUUCUGCCAAAAUUUUUGGAAAUGUGCACUACAAGAAAGAAGACUACAAAAUGGCUUGUAGGAAGUACUGGAAGGCUUUGCGCUACUUGGAUGUUUGCUGGGAGAAAGAAGACAUUGAUGAAGAGAAAAGUUCAUACUUGAGGAAAACAAAGUCGCAGAUAUUCACAAAUAGUUCUGCUUGUAAGUUGAAAUUAGGAGAUUUAAAAGGAGCAUUGUUGGAUACAGACUUUGCGAUGCGUGAUGGGGAGAAUAACGUGAAAGCCUUGUUUCGCCAAGGACAGGCAUAUAUGGCCCUUAAUGAUGUGGACUCUGCAGUGGAGAGCUUCAAGAAGGCGUUGGAGCUAGAGCCCAGUGAUGGAGGAAUAAAAAAGGAGCUUGCAGUUGCAAAAAAGAAGAUUGCUGAUAGACGUGAUCAGGAAAGAAAGGCUUAUUCCAGAAUGUUUCAAUAGAGUUUGUGCAAUUCCAUGUUCUUGAGACAUGGUGAAGGAAAAGCAUCUGAUUACUUGGUCAUUGAAUACAGAGAUACAGUGCGAGCUUCAGUCAAUUUUUGUUCGAUAGUUCUGACAUGUGUUUAGAGUUUUAGGACCUUAUUAUUGGCUAAAACUGGAUUGCUAUAUGAUGAAAUCAUUUGCAAUCGUUCAAACAAUAUUAAGAUGUUUCAUAUAAAGAAAUAAUUUAUUUGGUCU